AUUGCAUCUGUUCCAUCAAUCUUUCGUUCUCACCUGCAUCAACAGAGAGACAUUGCUCGCGUGGCAUCUACCAUUCCCCAUUUCUUCAGCAUACCAACACAGUCGCUCAUCUGCAUAUAACGAUAAUAUACAACUAUAUACAACGAUGCGUCUCUCCACCGUCUUCACCGCGCUAGCAGCCGCGCUUCCUUUCACAACUGCCGCCUACAAAGGUUUCAACGUCGGAGCCAACAAUGAGGAUGGCUCCUGCCGAAGCUUACAGGACUGGAUCGACGUCUUCAACAAGCUGAAGACCCUCCCACAAGGCAUCGACUCCGUGCGGGUAUACGCCUCCUCCGACUGCAACACCCUCGCCAACGUUGUGCCCGUUUCGCUGUACUCCGGAAUCAAGAUCCUCGUCGGUGUCUGGGUCACCGAUGAUGGCCACUUCAGCCGGGAGAAGGAUGCUCUGUACAACGCCAUUCAGCAGUACGGCUCGAGCUGGAUCGCCGCCAUCUCCGUCGGCAGUGAGGACCUCUACCGCGCGCAGUACCAGCACACCAACGAGAUCGACCCGGGCACGCUGGCCACCCGCAUCUACGACGUGCGAGGCAUGGUCCGCUCGCAAGGUGUGAACGCUGCCGUCGGUCACGUCGACACAUGGAACGUCUGGGUCGAUGGACAGAACGCUGUUGUCAUCCAGGCCUGUGACUUCGUCGGUGUCGACGCCUACCCCUACUUCCAGAACGUCCCGAUCGAGGGUGCCCUCGAUUCCUUCUUCUCGAGUCUGCAGCAAACUCGUGACGCGGUUUCCCGCAUUGGGUCAGGAGCCGCCGUCUGGGUCACCGAGACCGGUCACCCCGUCUCCGGUGCCAACUUCGGCCCCUCCGUCGCUUCUCAGCAGAACGCCCAGACCUACUGGAACCAGGUUGCCUGCGCUCUGUUCCGGCAAAACGUUGACACUUUCUGGUAUGCGGCCCAAGACUACAAUGCCAACCCAUCCUUCGGUGUCUUUGACGCGUCUGGCAACGCUCUUUACGCUCAGAACGCAUGCUAGAGCGACGGACAUCCUAUUGUUGUCACGUAAACUCAUUAGCGAACUCACUAAGUACAUUUAAUCAAUUCUUGUACAACAUCCUCGCUAGACCAAAGCUCAGCGAUAGAAACCAUUCUGUUCCUGCACAUUCAAACUGAUAGAUCGGCACAUAAAUGUCACCAUUUGAAUCACUACCUUCAUUUCUGAAGCACACGAAUUAUGACAAUUACUCCAUCAAUUUCACACAUGACUUACUGAUUUUGCAAUACUGUCGUGUCUGUACGUUUUCCGGGGAGAAAGUCAUAUCCUCACAGCUGGCAUGCAGCUGGCAUGUAGCUGGCAUGGUACAUUUUGCUUGGCCAGAGUUACAUUAUC